AUGGGUUCACCUGUCGUAUUGGAUGGAGUUGAUCAACUUUUGAAAGGGAAAGAUUUGAAGGAGUGUAACAUUCCAUCUGCACUUAUUGGAAACAGGUUAUAUUUGCUGUGUGUGAGGAUAUUUCCUCCAACUGAAGAUAUUUGCAAAGUUCGAAUAUCCAGUGAAAGUGAUCCCACUGUACUAUUCUUCGGAGAGAUCAAAGCCAGUGAAGCGGUUGAAUGGAUAACAGUUUUUGACCAGCUCUCCGUUACAUCGAAUACUGAUGACUGCUUCAUACCUCUUCGUAUCGACACCAAUGGUGAGGAUGUGGUUUUGGUCUGUGAUAUCAAUGGUGUGGACCUGAGGCUUUCACUCAGAAGGCCGAACGCUUGCGAACUGAAUGAACAUCUACUUUUCAUCAUAAACAAGGCGAAGACGCUCCUCGCUGAAGAAAGAAAGACUAGGAAGGCGCUUGAACGACAACUACUUGCCAUGGAAGUCGAGCUUGGAUCUGUGAAACAAAAGGCUACGUGGCAGGAAAAAGAAAUGGAACUCCUUAAAAUGCUGCUGAAAUCCCCCACCGUUCCUCCAUUUGUUCCAGAGAAAAAAUCUCAUUGCGGGUCCUGCAACCAUGUUAGUUCUCAUAUUGGACAUGCUGCUGAAGAGGCGUCUAGUGGUACAAGUGCAGAAGAAGGUGAAGUGUUAGAACAAGAUAACCCACCGAAACGGAAUCUUCUGAGGGAAUUAAAACAGGAAGUCGCUUCUGAUUCUCCAUCACCGGAUGAACAAGGAUCGAGCACACAGCAGCCUCAGAACCUUCUUCUCGGAAUUGCCCAGUAUAUUCUAUGUCAGCUCUGCCCCGAACAGGCGCCGGAUAUCAAAGUUAUGGAAGAUCAUUUUCUCAGAACACAUGUGAAUAAAGAAAAACGAAAUUGUGAAGCCUGUCCGUCUGAGGACCAACCCGAUCUUAUCCAACACAUGAGGAGACAUACGAACAGAAUUUAUGCUUGCGAGUAUUGUGGUAAACGAGGGCGACGAAACUAUCUCAAGGCCCAUCUAAGAACUCAUACAGGCGAAAAACCGUUCACUUGUGAGACAUGUGAAAGGAGUUUCGCGGACGGAAGCACAUUGCGUCGUCACCGACUGGUUCACUCUGGAGAGAAGAAACAUAGCUGUCCGAUUUGUGGACGCGGUAUUGCUCGCAAAGACAACGUCAAAUCGCAUAUUCGAAGCCAUGGAGUGCAUUGUUGA